GAAAACGACGCGUAAAAAAUAAAACAUUGUGUUAACAUUUUUUUUUGUAGAAAAAAGAAAUUGUGUGCUUCCUGGCCAGAGAAAAAUGCUUUUCUUGUGAUUUCUUUGUGUGUAAAAUGAGUGAUAAAGCUGCAGAAAUGACGUACAGCUGGUGGGAUUGCAGUGAAUUAAUUGAGAAAAUCGAGGAGGAUGCAGCUUUGGUUACAAAAGCCAAAGACAUUUGUAUAGAACUGACCAGGAAUGCCUUUAGCAUUACGGAACUUGUAGAAAAACUAGGCCCAUUGCUGACGUCACAAAACACAGGACACCGUUCCCGGACUUUGGAGCUCUUCUCGGAGAUUCUCAAAUCCCUGCCAAGGGAUUUUCUUAAAGCGUCUCAACUAAAGUUUAUCAUUACUUUCUAUGCGGACAGGACGAAGGAUCACCAUUCGGUCAUUCCAGCAAUUCUUACAGGGACACUGGCUAUAGCGCGAAUGGAACACAUUCCGGAAGAUGAAUUUGUGGGACUACUGAUGACUCUCCUCACUGGGGGAGUGACGUGUCAGAGUCAGACACGAAGUGAUCGGGAAACUUUCUACGAGAUCAUUGAACACUCCUCAGUCACGUACGUGGACAAGUUAACUGCCACAAAGGAUGAAUUCCUUCAGGGUGUCAUUGCGGCACUUGAAGGUGAACGUGAUCCGCGGAAUCUUCUGCGUAUUUUCACAUUUAUGCCACGAAUGAUUGAGAUGUACCCAAUGGGGCAUUGGACAGAGGAAAUGUUUGAGGUUUUUGCCUGUUACUUCCCCGUUGACUUCCAUCCGCCGCCCAAUGUGGAGAAACCCAUUACGAGGCAGCAGCUGGCAGAUGAACUACUCUCCUGCCUUACGUCAACGCAGGAUUUUGUGGAAUUUUGCAUUCCACUAGCCCUCGAGAAGCUCGAAAGUCAAAUUAAGGUCUCCAAGAUUGACUCCUUACACCUCUUGUCGGCUUGUGCUACGAAAUACGGUGCUAGUGUCUUCGAGGAAGCCUUCCCGAACGUUUGGCUUAGCCUUAAAGCAGAAGUUCUUCCGGGUAGUAAUGAAGAAAUCACCGAAAUUGCUCUCGAAACAAUCCAAUCAAUUCUUUGCGCUGCUAAAACAUCGAAGACUCAAAGUGAAAACAUUCUCAAUGUUAUCCUACACUCAAUAACCAUCUCCUUGUGUGACACUAAACUACGACUCUUUACUCCUGCCUGUCGGAUUGUUGUAGCUUGCUCACGUAGCAAUGCAAAUGCUGCACUCUGUGUUGCCAAUAGGUUGCUACCGAUGUUUGUUUCGCAAAUUGAAGAAGGAGCAUCGUCUAGCCAGAAGGAUAUCCUGCUAAAGUUUGUUACAGAACUCAUUAACUUAUGCAGGAAGAACGAUGUACUGAAUGACAUUGAUGAGGGAACGUUGAAAAAAGUCCAAGAAAUGUUUCUGGAAUGCCUUAAAUUAGACUCAGCAUCGAAGGGAAUUGCCUUUGAAGGACUAAGUGAAGUUGUUGGGUUGUUGGAUGCAUCCCAGCGUGAGGUUGUCUAUGUGAAUCUCCUUGAAAUUCUUCACAGUGGUUCUAAUGUGAAUCUGGAUGCAACGCUGAAGCAAUUUGCCCAACAUGUAAGGGGGGAAUUAACGGAAAAAGUGGUCCAGAAGCUUCUUGAGAAGAAUUUUCUCAAUUCUACAAAUGCUAAAGGAAUUUUUAAUAGUGUUGUUUGCUUACUGGGAGUUUGGAAGACAUCAGAUGUGCUGUACAACUUUCUUCUUGAUAGUGUUUUUCAUGACGCCAGGAAUGAUGUAAAGUUAACGGCACUGCAGAGUAUGAAGAGCCUAAUUGCAGAUGAUGUUGCAAUUGUUCGGCAUUUUGUGGAAACUUUUGGGAUAAUUGAGAAGUUUAUUGAAUUUCUAAGGAAUAAUACGGACCUUCCGAUUGAUGUUCUUGUGGCAACAGCAGACGUACUGAAGCUCUGUAUGCAUACACUCACAAAAGAGCAACAGAGCGUGACAAUAAGUCGAUUUCUUCCGGACUUGGCACCACAUCGAGGUAAUGAAUUAUUCCUCUUUGACGGACUUAUAGGACAACUCUGUCCGGACGUUGAUAUCUCAUCGCAUUUUCACCAUAUCACGAAGGAUUUAAUCGAGUAUGCCGUGGAGAUUUCAAGGGGAGAAGUCAGCUCCAGCGUUCACCUCGAUGUUUGUGAUAAACUCCUUUGUUCCCUGUUCAAUCGCACCGUGCAGGAUUCAAUUUUCGAAGAGACGCUUUCACAGUCUGUAAACUACUUAAAUCGCCAAAUUGAGGUGAACUACCUCGGAGUGAGGACAUUCGCGUGGAUUCUCCGGGGACUACUCGUACGUGGACAUCGUAAAACAACUUCCCUCAUCAAAGACCUCACUGUCCUGUUGACGUCUGAACACCUCCAGAGUGAAGCAGUAGCAGCUUUCAAGAUCCUCGCAAAAUCUGACGACGUACAUCUGCCCAAUCGACGUCCUUUUCAUCUGCAGAAACUUUUUGAACUAGUUCUCAAAUACGUCACAACCGACGACAAGUACACACCAGCACAACUGGCUGCUCUCACAGAGAUCCUCCUUCAUCUCCCAAUGAAAGUGAUCACGAUAAAUCUUCAACGAAUCGGAAAGAUUCUCUUUCAAUGCCUCGAUUGUGAAAACAGUGACACCCACCUCAUAACAAUCACUCUCAUUAAUCGUCUCCUAAAGGAAGACAGUGACUUCUGCCGGCAUCAUCUUCAAUCCCUCAUUCCACGAUGCAUUCAGCUUAGUUCGACUAAGAAAUCCAUUAAAACGCGACUGGCUGCUUUGGAAUUUCUUCACAAUGUUACAAAGACGUACGAUACUGUGCUCCUGGUACCCUUUAAACAGGACGUCGUCUAUGGGUUACAACCAGCACUGGAUGAUCACAAGAGAAUAGUAAGGGCAGCAGCUGUUAAAGCUCGCUCCUCGUGGUUUGUAUUCGACUCCGAUAAGACAAAAUGAAUAUAAAUGGCUCAUUUCGCAACAACGGACCGAAAAGUUUAAUUUUUGUUGAAAAAUAAAAUAAUGACAAAUAUAUACUUAAUUUUGGGAAGAAAACAA